AUGGCUCCCUCGGCAAAGAGCGGUACCAAUGCUGCAGGCAGCAGCUCCAAUGCCAACAACACAAGCUCCCUUGGCAUCGGACUCUCCUCAUCGUCAGCAGGCAACGCCGGCGGCAGCAUCGGUCUUGGACCUCUUGCAGGCGUACCGGCUUCCGUCUACCCAACCGACACAAUCAGAGAUGUCGCCGAGUCCGUCGGCAUCAAUGGCAUGAAGGAGAGCGUCGCUGCUGCACUCGCCGCCGACGUCGAGUACCGCAUCCGUGAGAUCGUCCAAGACGCUACCAAGUACAUGCGACAUUCAAAACGAGAUCAGCUCAAGACGACCGACAUCGACGCCGCGCUCCGUGCACGCAACAUCGAACCCAUCUACGGCUUCCUUCCUUCCUCGUCCGGGCGGUCUGGGGCGAACAGCACAUCGAGGUAUACAGCUGGACCCACUUUCCGCCGCGUCCAGACCGCUUCUGGAGUGCCGCUGCACUACGUCGAGGACGAAGAGAUCGACUUUGACAAGAUCUUGGAAGCAGGCCCCAAGAUCGGCAUCGGGCGUGGAGUCGGCUGGGGUGCGCACUGGCUGGCCAUCGAAGGUGUGCAACCUGCGGUGCCUCAGAAUCCCUCGCCGAUCGCAAUUGCAGAGGCGAAGGGCAUCUCGGGCUUCAUGGGUCCCACUUCGACGCAGCCCAUCGCAGCUGCGCCCGCAGCGAAGGCAGUCACUGUUGCAGGAGGCGACGGUCAAGCGAUCGCCAAGCCUCUCGUCAAGCAUAUUCUUUCGCGCGAGCUUCAGCUGUAUUACGAGAGGCUCACAAAGUCGAUCGUCAGCCCGCCGCCAGAAGCGGACGAGGAUCUGGACGACGAGGUGGAAGAGCAGCCGGCACCAAAAGCACCCGUGGCAACUAUCCCCAUUGCACAAGACCAAGAUGUCAACAUGGACUCUGCGGGCUCGCCAAAGGAUCAGAUCGUCACACCGCCAAGACCGACCGUCGCCCUUGCCAAGCCGCUCAAGGCCUUCGCGCAGAAGGGAUCCGGCAACCACGUUCGAGACGCCGCUCUAGCCAGUCUCCGCGGCGAUCCUGGUCUGCAUCAGCUCGUUCCGUACCUCAUCCAGUUUGUGGGCAGCAAGGUCAUCGAGAUCUUGCGCUCUCCCUCGCAAGACGACGCAGCCGAUGCAGAGUCAGCAGCGACCGCGGUGCGCGAGAGUCGACAGAUCAGCACCGCAGACAAUCACAUGCUCAGCGUCCUCCUCAGCACCAUGCACGCCAUCCUAGCCAAUCCGCACAUCUUCGUCGAGCCAUACCUUCAUCAGAUGAUGCCGUCCAUCCUGUCCAUCCUGCUCACCUCGUCCCUGGCGGAGCCGGAGCUCUUGCGUCAGCUGCAAAGCUCAAGCGACGUCCAUACGCCACUGGUCACGGCCGGGUCAUCAUCCUACUCGCUUCGUGCCCAUGCCUCUGCCUUGCUCACCCACAUCGUCGACACGUUCGGCGCCUCGUACCCGACACUCAAGCCUCGUAUGGUCGCGACCCUGCUCAAAGCGCUCAUGACGGGUGUUGUGCCGGGGAGCAGCGAUCAGGAUUCGGCACGACGCGCCGAAGCUGCUGCUCGCGAACCGCGCGCGAGCCCGGGGACGAAGCUCGGUGCGCUCAUGGCACUCCGUCGAUUAGGCAAGGCGAGCUUCCGCACGCUCCUCUCGACUUCAUCUCAACUCAACGCCAAGCUGGGCGACAGCGCCGACGCGCCCGCUUCAUCCAGCUCGCCCCUCCGCCUGCUGGGCGAGUGGAUGCAAUCGUGGGAGUCCGGCUCGUUGCACACUGCGGAAACGUCGACGCAAGCCCCUGAGUUGCGAGCAUUGCAGAUGAAGCCCCUCAUCAACGAGGUGGCGGGCGCACUGGAUGCGUUGCUCCCACCCUUCGUCGCGCCGAACGCCGAGCUGCAGGGCUCGAAGGAGGAGAGAGAGCAGAGACUCGAGGAGACGUAUGGUGCGUAUUGGAUCGAGAAGGUGGUCAGCGUGGAUGCGAGGGCGAGGGCCGCACUGGAGACCGAGUUGGGGAUGCGAGGGGCUGGUAAAGAGGCCACUAAGCAGGAGGUGUGA